ACUCUUAGCGCUGGCACUGCGUCCCGCCCCCCCGGCUUGGACUGUCCAAUAGGAACAGCAGGAGCACUGGGCUCCACCAAUCAGCAACAACGGAUGAUAGUGAAUGGAAGUUCAGUUUUUGAGUUUGGGAUAGAUCGAGGGCGAUAUUAGUGGAAAGUGCGAGCAAGAAGUUAGAUAUGUAUAUAUGGAAGAAGUAAAUUCAGACUCAUUAAUAUUGACUUUUUGCUUUCACAAAAGUCAGUAGCUUGUUGAACAAAGCGAAACAAGAGUCCUCUCUCUCCCCUAAGUCCGUGUCGAGGAGGGUAGCAGGUGUUCAGUUGAGGGAGACGCAUCGGCUGGGUGCCGAAACGGGAGAAAACGGAUAAACCGGCGCUAACCGGCGACAAAAACUCCAGUGAGUGUGAAGGGGUGGCGAUAAAACGCGAUUUGAAGUAGCCGUUUCUUUCCCGGGCGGACCGUUUCUUGGAGGAGGACCCUGGAUAAAGGCUCUGUCGCAGUAGCAGUGGUGAGAGUAACAUUAACGUCUGUGUAACGGCUGCUUUUUCAGUUCAAACCGAAUGUUACUUUGUGCCCGCCGCUUGCUAACUCCGCUCCUCCGCUGUACGUACGGGGAAGAAGGCAGAGAGACUCUCAGACGUUGCUGGGGAACUUGCGUUUAUGUUUGUGCUAACCUGUUGUGUCCUUUCCCCGUGUAAUCCGAGACCCGGCGCAGUUACGGCAAGUUAGCCUAUCUGGUAACCGAGGCGAGAGUUCCCGUUGGGGGGGAGAGUGGUGGAUCGUUUUCGACUCGCGUUCACAGCUCACAUGGAUGUCUAACUUCAGCUAACGGACUGCAGCUUCUCCAUCACCGCACUUUGUAAAGACUCGGCGUGGUCAGUCCAGUUGGGUUUGCAGUGAGAAACCGGGGUGUUCACAGAUUCAAUUACUGAAUUGAUUUUUAGAGCUCUCUCUCUCUCUCUCACACACACACACACACGCACCAGCAAAGCGUGGAUGGAUAAUGCACGAGUUUUAUUGCUUCUCUGUUAAUGCGACCACAGUCUAAACAGCUAAAUGAUCUGCGGGCUAGCUUAAAUCCCCGGUGAAGACAUCAAAACAAGCGCGGAUUUGAGGUCGAUAGCAGAGAAUAAGCCGAUAAGUCUAAAGCACACUCAGAUGUAUUAAUUCCGUGCUCGGAUCAAUCCAAAUGAAAAUGAGGUAUCGCAGGACGCAGAAACACACCGACUCCGCCACAGCACAUAGACAUUACAGUGUCGUUAUCGUUACACUGUGAAACCAGACCAGUGAGGGAAAGUCUGUUGGUGUUGGUGUGGACCCCCCCUCCACCCCCACCCCUUUCUCUUUCUCCCGCUGCCUGCAGAGUUUUGGGGCACCGACGCUGGGAAGUCAGAGCGGGUGAGCUUGUCGGCAGUGACUGCGGUGAACUCCCGGAGCUCAGAGCUCAUAUCUUCAGCGGGGGAAAGCGCGGAGUGCCGGCGCUGAAGCCCGCUCCUCUCCGCUCGGACUUCUUCCCAUUCGUGCGCAGGGCAGAGAGAGAGAGAGAGGGAGAGUUGCAGCAGCAAAGCAUAAGCGGACACGGGCACUGCUGGUCUCUCUCCCGCAUGAUGAAACCGGGAAUUUGCUGCGCUGAGUCUGGGUCUCCGGAGCGUGAGGAGGCACCAGCCGGGAGACGGCAGAAGACGAUGGGGACAGGGGCGACCCGGAGUGGGAGCUGGUGUCCGCUGCUGUUUCUCCUGAUUCUUCUCGGCAGCAGCUGCCACAUGUUGCACGGCCAAGAGGUGGCUCCCUACCUGCGAGGGGGUGGACUGCGGCAGCAGGUGGUGUUGGAAGGAAACAGACUGGUGCUGACCUGCCUGGCUGGAGGCAGCUGGCCUCUGCAGUACCGUUGGACUCUCAACAACAGCAACAUCACCGACUGGACGCCGCAGUACAGGCUGUCUGUCCCGUCUCUGAAGAGGACUGAUGCUGGCCUGUAUCAGUGUAUCGUGAGGAACAGGAUGGGAGCACUCAUACACAGGAGAACAGAGGUGCAGGUGGCCUUUCUGGGAAACUUCUCUGCUGAGGAACAGAGGAAGACGGUGGCUCAGGGCCGAGCAGCCAUCAUCAGCCAGCCUCCCCUCGCUUCUUUCCCGCGACCCCUUGUCACGUGGUACAAAGAUGGACACAAGAUAAUCCCCAGCAGCCGAAUAGCAAUCACUUUGGACAAUCAGCUGGUCGUCUUGGCAACCACUGCAGCAGACGCAGGACGUUACCAUGUCGAGGCGGUGAACGAGAUGACAGGGGAGACUGUGACGAGUCCCGCCGUCUACCUGAGCAUCUCAGAUCCUGAAUCAGAAUUUGUGGCUCCAGCGAUUGUGGUUGGACCCAAAGACACAACAGUGGUGGCGGGCAGCGAGGCUGUACUGGAGUGCAUUGCUAAUGCCAGGCCGGUGGACAGCCUUGUGGUGUCAUGGAAACAUGAUGGGCGUCAGAUGAACAGUGGGCGUCGGCUCGUUUUUUCUGCCCCUGGCUCCUCUGACACGGGCUUAUAUGUUUGUGAAGCAUUGCUUAGCAACGGCAGUGCCAAACCUGUGGAGGCAAGGGCACACCUCACUGUAAUGGAACCACCUUCUCUGACCGCUCAGCCUAAGAGGACGAUCUUUGCUGACCUCGACAAGAAUGUAGACAUCCCCUGCCUGGCUACAGGCGUGCCUCAGCCCAGGAUAGAGUGGUUUAAGGAUGCGGUGCCUCUUUCCAAACUGGCCAACCCUCGCUACAAGGUCACCGCAGCAACCGGGCUGACGGUGCGCAGGGUGCAGCCAGGAGACGGAGGAAUAUUCCAGUGCCUCGCUCGGAACGCUGCCGGAGAAACCCAGGCACACACACAACUCCUUGUCUCGAGUGUGGCCCCCACGUUUACAUUCCCACCGUCUGACCAAACAGUAACUGACGGGAACACGGCCUUGUUUACCUGCCAGACGAGCGGAGCGCCAAAACCUGCCAUCACCUGGAGGAAAGGGUCGCAGGUCUUAGCUAGCGGCUCUGUCCAGGUCCCCAGGUUCACACUGCUGCAGUCAGGUAGUUUGGAGAUUCAGCCAGUCAGCUUCCAGGAUUCAGGAGAAUACACCUGCUUCGCCUCCAACUCGGAGGGAACAAUCAACGCCAGCGCCACGCUUACCGUGUGGAGUCGUACAGUCAUUUCUGUGCCUCCAACAGACCAGCGUGUUAUCAAAGGAACCACUGCUACUCUGGACUGCAGUGCCACACACGACCCCAGAGUCAAUAUCAGCUUCAAGUGGGAGCGAGGUGGCAUGCCGGUCCUCCCAACCAGCGGAGGUCGAGUCUCCGUGCGCCAGGGCUCCCUCACUAUCGGCCAGACGUGGUCAGGUGACAUUGGGGAUUACACCUGCACUGUGACAUCACAGGCUGGCAACGAUUCUCGCUCUGCUCGCCUUGAAGUCAUCGAGCUGCCACACUCUCCUCGCUCCCUGACUGCCCGUCUCAAUGACUCUGACUCCCGCUCCGUCCUCCUGUCCUGGCUGCGCCCCUUUGAUGGGAACUCCCCACUUCUGUACUACCUGCUGGAGCUCUCUGAGAACAACUCACCGUGGAAGGUCUACCUAUCAGAGGUCGAUGCUACAGUGACCAAGGUAUCAGUGGGCGGGCUCACGCCUGCCAGAACCUAUCAGUUCAGACUUUGUGCUGUCAAUCAAGUGGGCAGGGGUCAGUACAGCGCCGAGACGCAGAGAUUGAUGCUGAGGGAGGAGGCACCCAGCGCUCCUCCGAAGAAUAUUGUAGCCAGUGGGCGGACAAACCAGUCCAUCAUGGUCCAGUGGCAGCCACCGCCAGAACCCCAGCUGAAUGGGGUCCUGCGAGGAUACAUACUCAGGUAUCGUCUGGCAGGGCUGCCAGGGGACUACCAGGAGAAGAACAUCAGCAGCCCAGAGACAAAUUACUGUCUGUUGAAAGAUCUGAUCAUCUGGACACAGUACCAGAUCCAGGUGGCUGCCUACACCGGAGCCGGCCUGGGCGUCUACAGCAGCCCUGUCACAGAGUACACACUGCAGGGAGUUCCCACGGCGCCUCCGCAGGAAGUGGAAGUUGUAGCUGUCAAUUCGACUACCAUCCGCUUCACCUGGAACCCUCCGCCUCAGCAGUUCAUUAACGGCAUCAACCAGGGAUACAAGCUGCUGCUCUGGCCGGAGAAGUCUCCAGAGGACAUGAAGGUGGUAACCAUCACGCCGGACUACCCCGGUGCACGCCACACGGGAUUAGUCAGCGGACUCAAGAAAUUCACCUGGUACUACGGCUCCGCCCUCUGCUUCACAACACCUGGAGACGGCCCUCGCAGCCCGCCCACCCUGCUGCAGACACACGAGGACGCACCUGGACCUGUGCGUCACCUGAGCUUCACUGAAAUCUUGGACACAUCACUCCGAGUCAGCUGGGCAGAGCCUGAAGACAAGAACGGCAUCAUCACUGGUUACAUGUUGUGGUGGGAAGUGUCUGGCGUGCAGUCCAGUCGUGAGGAGCGUUCGCUGUCCAACUCCACCCUGCAGUACAAGCUGACCGGACUCACCUCCACCACCGUGUACACACUACAGGUGGCAGCGCUGACUGCCGCAGGACGGGGCGUGGUCACAUCCUCCACCAUCUCCACUGGGGUCCCUCCAGAACUUCCUGGUGCACCAUCUAACUUAGUCGUCGCCAACAUCAGCCCUCGGACAGCAACGCUUCGGUUCCGCCCUGGUCCGGAUGGCAAGACGGCCAUAUCGCGGUGGAUAGUGGAAGGCCAGGUAGUGAAGGAGGAUGGGAAAGAAGAGGCGUGGAGCCUUGUUUACCAGAAGGACAACCAGCCAGAUGCUGACAUGCUGGAGAUCCCCAACCUCACUCCAUUCACCCAGUACAGGUUCAGGAUGCAGCAAGUGAACAUUGUCGGCUCCAGCCCCAUGAGCGCCCCCUCAAGGCUGAUUCAGACCCUACAGGCUGCCCCUGACGCACACCCCUCAAACCUCACGCUGCUGUCUACCACACAGACCAGCCUGCGCUUCAGCUGGAAGCCUCUCGCAGAGUCCGAGUACAACAGCAGUCCAGAGACUGUGGGAUACCGGCUGCGUGUGUGCAGGACAGACGGACAGGGCGAGGACAGGACCGAGGAUGUGGAGGGAGCCGGGGGAGCCAGCGAAGCCACGGUAGAGGGCUUGAAUCCCUGGACCCGGUACCAGGUUCGGAUUCAAGCCUACAACUCCAUCGGACCUGGACCAUGGAGCAACGCUGUCGCCGUACAAACUGCAGAAUCUGCUCCAUCUGGAUCUCCAGUGAAUGUGACUGCUGAGGCUGUGAGUUCCUCUAGCAUCCUGCUCAGAUGGUCUGCGCUCCCUCUGGCACAGAAGAAUGGAGUCAUACUUGGAUAUAAGGUGUUGUACAGCGAGAAGGACUCAGAAGGUCCCCCCAGUGUUCAGGUGGCAGAAGGAGAGGGGAACACGUCGCUGCUCCUCGCGCUUCUCCAGAAAUACACAGUGUAUGUGCUGCAGGUGCUGGCGUACACACAGAUGGGUGACGGCCCCCUGAGCAACCCCGUACUGCUCAGAACCAAAGAAGAUGUUCCAGGCCCCCCUGUCAGGAUGGUGUUUCCAGAAGUUCGAUUGUCAUCAGUUAGGGUGGUUUGGCAGCCACCCACAAACCCUAACGGCAUAAUAUUAGGUUACCAGAUCUCCUACCGCUUGGACAGCAGGGACCCUCAGCGCUGGACCACAGUGGAGGUGGGCUCCAACGCUCGACAGUUCACAGUCACAGGACUUUCUCCUGAGCAGACCUACGUGUUCCGGGUCACUGCUCGCACCGCCGUGGGCUGGGGCGACGAACAGGAAGCCCUGGUCGUUACCACCGAACGCAGAGAGCGCCCCCAACCGCCCAGGAAGUUGUCUGUCCCUCAGGACGGCGUUGAAUCUCGCCGUCUCCGCCUUCACUGGGUGAUGGGCGGCUCAGGCUCCUCCCCGCUGAGGUACUUCACACUGCAGGUCAAAGAGCUGCCCAACGGGGACUGGAACACACACACCGCUGACGUCCCGUACAACGUGACCACCUGGACCGCUGACAGGCUGAAGCCCUUUACAUCAUACAAGUUUCGGAUGCUGGCCACCAACGAUGUAGGAGACAGUGUCCUCAGCAAAGAGACGGAGGCUGUUACAACUCUGCAGGAUGUGCCCGAUGAGCCUCCGGUGAUCCUCGCAGUGAAACCAACAACCACUACCUCAGUCCUGGUGCAGUGGAAGCGUCCCAGUGAUGACAGUGUUAACGGGAUGUUGACUGGAUACCGGCUGUAUUAUAGAGAGCUCCCAGUAAACACCUCCACUUCCACUGAAGCAGAAGUCCAGGCGACCAAAAACAACACCACAAGUGCCCUCAUUACAACCAAGAGCACCUUCAAGACAGUCAGCAGUGCCUCGCUAACAGAAUUUGAGUUGACACAGCUGAAGAAGUUCAAACGCUACCAGAUUGUUAUGACGAGCUACAAUAUCAUUGGAGAGAGCCCACCCUCCACUCCGGUCGAGGUGUCUGUCGGAGAGGCAGCCCCGUCGGUGGCCCCUCAGUCUAUCAGAGUGUCAGCUGUGUCUCCCUCCACGCUGGAAGUGACCUGGGACACGCCGCCCCUCGAGACCCAGAAUGGACUGAUCCAAGGAUACAAGAUCCACUACUGGGAGAGGGACAAGCAGAACCAGACUGAGAAAGUCAAGGUGAUUUUUGUCCCGGACACCCGUGUGCAUCUCACCAACCUGACCAGCUACUCACCUUACCUGGUCACUCUGACUGCCUUCAACACAGCUGGAGACGGCCCCCCCAGCGACCCCCGCGGGGCCCGCACGCUGCAGUCUGCUCCCAGCCAGCCCAGCUUCCUGUCCUUUUCAGAGGUGACAGGAGGAAGUGUCAAUGUGUCCUGGGGAGCUCCACUCACUCCUAAUGGACAGCUGGAGGGCUACAGGGUCAUCUACCAGCCCACUGCGCCCGUACAAGGAGUGAGCAAACUGGUGACAGUGGAUGUGAGGGGCAACUGGCAGCGAUGGCUGAAGGUUCGAGACCUGAUUAAAGGAGCGACGUACACGUUCAGUGUUCAGGCUCUCACAGUCAGCUAUGGACCACCCAUACAUGCGAACAUCACUGCUCAGUCUGUGCAAGGCUCUCCUGGGUCACCAAUGGAAAUGUCCAUCACCAAGACGUCCUCUGAGCUCACGAUCCACUGGACGGAGGGAGAUAUCGGCGCAGCGCCCGUCACCGGAUACGUUAUCGAGGCUCGUCCCUCAGAUGAAGGAGUGUGGGAUUCCUUCAUCAGACUGCUCCCUCCGAGCAGCAGGUCUGUUUCAGUGCCUCUGGAGCGCUUGAGGUCGGGGAUCAGCUACGAGUUCAGAGUCAUCGCUGUUAAUCGCUAUGGUUACGGACAGCCGAGUACACCCUCUGCUGCUCUUGCUGCGCUGUCCGAGCGUCCCUUCUACGAGGAGUGGUGGUUCCUGUUGGUCAUGGCUCUGGUGGGACUCAUCCUCAUCCUGGUCCUGGUGUUCGCACUGCUGCUGCAUGGACACAGCACCAAGUACAAGGCCUGUGGCACAGGGAAACACGUGUCCACAGCAGAGGAGUCGGUAACUUUAGACAACGGAGGAUUCACUGCUCUGGAGCUCAACAGCCGAACGCUCAACACCAAGAACUCCUUCCUGAAAAAAAACGGGACCAGGUCUCCUCCCAGGCCCAGUCCAGGUGGUCUUCACUACUCUGACGAGGACAUCUGUAACAACUAUAAUGGAGCCGUGCUCACUGAGAGCACCACACUCACAGAGAAACACACCGAGGUCUCUGAGUCAGAGUUAACAGACAGCGACUACGAGGACGAGCAGCCCAAGCACUCCUUCGUCAACCACUACAUGAGCGAUCCCACCUACUACAACUCCUGGAAGCGGCAGCCCAAAGGCCUUAAAGGAGUCAGCGCUCCUUUUGGCUACGAUGAGUGCGCCACCGCAGACACUGAGCCCUACUACCAGACCGUGGUCACCCAGCACAGCACAGGCGGCGUGUACACACCCACAGGGCAGCCUGCGCACACACACGUCAACCCCAACGCCAACCCGCCGGGGUCACGCACCCCCGUGACAGGAUUCUCCUCAUUCGUUUGACUCUAGAGACAAAAUCUGCACAAAACACGUACACAAAAUGACGGAGGGGCCGGUGUGUGUUUGGACUAAGAGCCGGUGGCUUCGGAGGAGAGGGGAGGAUGAGGUGAGGAGACGUGGGACGGACUGGUGAUGAAACCUUGCCCUUCGUGCCCCAAAGAACUAAACCUACACUUCUCACUCGCCUUCCCCCCCCCCUCGUUCACAAAGAUCCUCACUGUGUCAACAAGUGUGUGUGUGUGUGUGUGUGUGUGUGUGUGUGUGUUGCUCUCCUACUCUUUUACGCCUCUGUGUCACUGUGCUUACACACACAGUUACUGUUCUUGUUUACACGCACACACACCAGAUAUUCACGCCCGUUCCAGAGACUCUCUAAAGAGACCUAAGAACGAUGACUACACGAGUCCGUUCAGUUAACCGUCGAAGUGGUGGAUCCUGGACUUUCCGCACAACGCUUCUCUUCUGUUUCCUGUAUUUACACGUAAGUGCACAAACACUCACACAUGCGGUCGCUGAUGCGCCAUUUCAGCAUCUCCCACUGCGAGAGAGCAGCUUCAAGGUGGAGGAAAAGUAUUUAAAGACGGCACAGAGGGGAGCAGCUUUUGUUGACAGACUGGUUCAGACUGGUUCAUGUACACAAGCACGGAGCUGUCAGCUUUAAAAUACCACCACACCAAGGAAAAGAAAAAAAUAACGAUCAAUAAUCACUGUUUUUGAACUCGAUAAAGGAGAGAGAGAGUGAGAGAGUGAUGGCGGGGGCUAUUCAGCAUCCUCAGACGGAGGUUUGUGCGGUUCCUCGGAGUGAUGUGUGAUGUUUGGGGGCUUUGGGUUUUAAUAUGUGAAAACCAUAUUUUUUAUUGUCUACUACCUAUUGUCAGCUCUCCUUAUCGCAGCCUCCCAAGCCAUAAUGCUUGCACUGAGCCAAACCCCACGCAUUUCAUCUUCAUUCUGUUCAAACUUUUUUAUCUUUUUAUUUUUUAUUAUUUUGAGUGUGACACACAAGCAUGUGUGUAUAAAAGGCUCGAUUCUCCGUUUAGAAACCUGUUCAUCCGUCUCUGUUGUGCACUGCUAAGCAAAGCGUGACCUUGUGCGUACGUUUGUAUUUUUGAGAAGGAUUUUGUACAUGGAAGCCCUUUUUACUUGUGUGCCGUUGUAUGUAGUUCGGCCAUGUUUGUGUAAACUGCACUGGAGCGAAUCCUCGGCUGCACCGACAGACGAGAGGUGAAAGGAAGGAAUUGGAAGUAUUGGAAUCAUACAAAGUAAUCUGCCGUGGGUGAGCGUGGAGCAACAUUAAAGGAUAUUUUAGAGAAUCUCCCCUGUUCAAACUGAGUGUGAACAAACUGUGAAUCAGGCCCAGCCUUCUGUACCCUGUGCUCACCUCCAGCAGCCGGGCUGACACAUGUAUACUUUGUACCUCUCUUCAAGUACAAGGUAGAAAUCAUCUGUAAGUUUUUUCUCAUGUAUAAUUUAAAGAUUCUCCUCCCUCCCAGCCAGGCAGGCGGCCAGCAGCCUCCCUCACUCUGUCACGCUUGUUUUGAGUCCCAUCCAGUGUGUGAAUAAAUGGUCAUUGUUUAA